AUGGAUGGAGAAAAGCGGAAAAGAAGUAUCUGCUCACGGCAAGAGCCAGCAGCUGCACUGAAGAUCUUGAAAGAUGGGAACAACAAGCGUGACGAAAUCCCUGAUAGAGUGACUCUGAAAAAAGAAAUAGGACUUUUAAGCGCCUGUACAAUAAUCAUAGGGAACAUAAUUGGUUCUGGAAUCUUCAUCUCUCCUAAGGGGGUUCUAGAGCACUCGGGUUCAGUGGGUCUAGCACUGAUUGUGUGGGUACUAGGGGGCUGCAUAGCUGCACUGGGUUCCCUCUGCUAUGCUGAGCUGGGGGUCACCAUCCCCAAGUCAGGGGGGGACUACUCCUACGUCACAGAAAUUUUCGGAGGCCUUGUUGGGUUUCUCCUCCUGUGGAGUGCGGUGCUCAUCAUGUACCCCACAACCCUGGCUGUCAUCGCCCUCACCUUCUCUAACUAUGUCCUUCAGCCUGUAUUCCCCGACUGUGUCCCUCCCUACAUGGCCACACGCCUGCUGUCAACAGUUUGUCUCUUGUUCCUGACCUGGGUGAACUGCUCUAGUGUGCGUCUGGCCACCAGGAUCCAGGAUGUGUUCACGGUGGGGAAGCUGGCGGCCCUGGGUCUCAUCAUAGUGGUCGGCUUGGUGCAGAUCUGCAAGGGCAACUACGAGGGACUGACGCCUCAUGUGGCUUUUGAGUUCAGCAGGACUCCCUCAGUUGGGCAGGUCGCUCUGGCUUUCCUCCAGGCCUCUUUCGCCUUCAGUGGAUGGAACUUCCUGAACUAUGUCACAGAGGAAGUGGUUGAACCGCGACGGAAUCUACCUCGUGCCAUUUACAUCUCAAUCCCAUUGGUGACCUUUGUGUACACGCUCACCAACAUCGCCUACUUUUCCGCCAUGUCACCCGAGGAGCUGCUCUCAUCCAACGCUGUGGCCGUCACGUUUGGAGAGAAGCUCCUGGGGAUGUUCUCUGUCAUUAUGCCCAUCUCGGUAGCCUUGUCCACGUUCGGAGGCAUCAAUGGCUACCUCUUCACCUCCUCAAGAUUGUGUUUCUCUGGGGCCAGAGAGGGACAUCUACCCAGCUUGCUGGCCAUGAUCCACUUUAAGAACUGCACCCCCAUCCCAGCUCUCCUCUGCUGUUGUGCUGCCACCAUUGUAAUCCUGUGUAUAGGAGAGACACACAACCUGAUCAACUAUGUGUCCUUCAUCAACUACCUCUCCUAUGGAGUCACCAUCGCAGGCCUGCUCUACUACCGAUGGAAGAAGCCCAAACUUUACAGACCAAUUAAGGUAAACCUCCUUGUCCCUGUCACCUACCUGAUGUUCUGGGCCAUGUUGCUGUGCUUCAGUUUGUACUCUGAGCCAGUGGUGUGUGGUGUUGGGCUGGUCAUCAUGCUCACUGGUGUACCAGUCUAUUUCCUGGGGGUGCACUGGAAAUCCAAGCCAAAAUGUAUCUAUGACUUCAUUGAGUCAGCAACCUACGUGGCACAGAGGCUGUGUUUCGUGGUCUUCCCCCAGUUUGACCCCAUCGAGAUCAGUCCAAUCGAAGAAUGGCCUGACAAAUCUUCCAACAUUCUCUCUGGGAAGUCUUAAACUCUUUUUGCCUUCUGAAGUAUUUUUCUUUUUGUAUAUUCUGUCACUGUAUGAUGACAUGGUCUGUUCCUUUUAGUGGAGCCCCUUGUCUGGUCUUUGGUCACCUGAGACUCAUAUCCAUUUCUUUACUGCUAAGUGGAAUUGCCUGCGUUUUGAUGCAUGGGCCACUUGCAAAUGUUUUUCUUCUCUUUUUCUACUAAGUCGUCAAGUACAAGCUAAUGCCAACAGUAUCACGUUUUGAAACGGACUUCAUAUUCCCGAAGGAACUAUUUGUGCCUUUUUCUGUAACUUUUCAACAUUGGCAGUAUUUUGGUUUUGACCUGAGAUUUACUGUGUAUCACUGUGCCUUAUAGGGAGAAAUGUGUUCCUUACAUGCUGACCAGAACGGACACGUCGCGUGCGCGAGCGUC